GCAAGCAACAACAAGCUAACGCUAGGUCGGAAAGCGCACGAGCCCGCACCCACCGCUGCUUCCUGCGUCUCUCCUGACCUGUUUCGCUAGCGAUGGGUGGCUCGGUACCUCAUCUCCUUCAUCUUCCUCCUUAGCUCUUCCUUCUUGCGCUGGGUGCUAAAUAAGGAUUGCCCCUGCCUGUUUUGGCCCCGGAUCUCCUCAUUCCCCGUCUCCCUCUCCUCAAUUUUCCUUUACUGGGGUCGAUUCGACUCGAGAUCUUGGAAUCAGCAGCUUUGGCUUCCACCUUUGCAAGAUGAAGCUGUCCUCCAUCCUAGCUACGAUCAUCUUGGCUAUUCUGUCCGGCGAGGCGGUCACGGAUGCCAAGAUCGUAGUGCGCCGCGACCCGAACCAGAGACGUGGUGACCAGCUGGCCCUCAAGCACCCAUCUGCUUCGCAGCACUACUCCUCGAAAGGCGCCGCAGACACAUCGUCAAGGUACAGUCACAGCCACGGCAUCCUCGAUCAGGGCUUCAUUCCCCCGCUCGAUUGGAUUCGCGGAGAUCACGAUGGCGCGAACGAGACAUGCUCCAAAGUCGGACGCGAGGGCUACCACCACUUUAGCCAGCAUGUCCUCCCUGCCGCUCUGAAGACCGAUUCAGGUGCGGACCGUCUGGAGAAACAGGCGGUAUACUCACCCAAGGAGUAUGAGGCCGAGGAAGAGACAAAGAGCGAUGCAGUAUCUGUGGACAAGACGAAAGGAGCAAAGCCUGCCGAAGUCAAUUCUCAAGCAACGAACGACAGCGUCUACUACUCCCCGCCCUUCUACCCGACGCCACAAACAACGGGCGCAGGAACGGGCCUAAACAGCGGAUGGAAGUCUGCCACCGACAAGGCAAGAGCGCUCCUCAAGCAGUUCACGCUCGAAGAAAAAGUUGCCCUCGUCACUGGCGCCGGAUGGGAGCUGGGCGACAAGCCUCGCUGCGUCGGUACCAUUUCGCCGAACAAGCGUGUCGGCUUCCCCGGCCUUUGCCUGGAAGACUCGCCCUUGGGUGUGAGGUUCGCCGAUGGAGUUACAGUAUGGCCGGCUGGAGUAACGACUGCAGCGACUUUCUCGAGCAAGCUCGCGUACGAGAGGGGCAAGGCAAUGGGGGAAGAGUUCCGUGCAAAGGGUGUCAACAUCGCCCUUGGCCCCGGCAUGAAUAUGGCACGAACGCCCGCUGGAGGCCGCAAUUGGGAGAUGGCCAGCGCUGACCCCUACCUUACGGGCGAGUCUGCCUUUCACACGACCAAGGGCAUGCAAGAUGCUGGUGUGCAGGCGUGCGCAAAGCACUACAUUGCAAACGAGCAGGAAAUCAACCGAAACACCUACUCAUCCAACAUCGACGGCCGUACCGAACGUGAAAUCUACCUGCAUCCUUUCAUGCGCUCUAUCCAGGCGGGUGUCUCGUCGGUGAUGUGCUCAUACAAUUUGAACAACAACUCCUGGUCAUGCCAGAACAGCGAGUUGCUCAACAACAGACUCAAGACAGAGCUUGGCUUCAACGGGUUCGUCAUGAGCGACUGGGGUGCACAGCACUCUGGCGUAGCUUCGGCCAACGCAGGACUGGACAUGACGAUGCCUGGCCAGGUCGAGUGCUGCUCAAAGGACAACAAAGGCUCGUUCUGGGGUCAGAACCUGACAAUGGCUGUCCAGAACAAGUCCGUCGAGGCAUCGAGACUUGACGAUAUGGGUACAAGGAUCCUGGCCGCAUGGUAUCUUUUGGGACAGGACAGCAAGGACUAUCCUCGACCCAACUUUGAUGCUUUCGACCCCACCUACGGCGAGCACAAACAGGUAACAUCCCACAAGCAUGCAAGCGUUGCGAGGGAGGUUGCCGCGGCUGGUACCGUCGUCCUCAAGAACACCCACGGCGCACUUCCACUCCAGGGCGAGAAGCUCAAGAAGCUGGCCGUUGUAGGCAGCGAUGCCGGUCCCCUGAGGCAAGGCGCCAACUUCUACAGCGACCGCGGCGGUCCGAUGAUUGGUACACUUGAUGGCACCAUUGGGAUCGGUUGGGGCUCAGGAACGGCUGAUUACUCUUACUUUAUCACGCCAUACGAGGCCUUGCAAGCUCGAGCAAGAAAAGACAACACGGGCUUCUACUGGACGUUUGACAACUUCAACCUCGACCAGGCCAAAAAGAUUUCCGAUGACCAAAUUGGCGUUGGGGCAGCCCUCGUCUUUGUGUACGCCGACAGUGGAGAGAACUACAUCGUCGUUGAUGCCAAUGCGGGCGACCGGAACAAUCUCACCCUUUGGGGCAACGGUGUGGAGCUGAUCAAGAGCGUGGCAAGCGUGCAGAAGAACACGAUCGUCGUUAUCAACGCGCCGGGCCAGGUGGACUUGGAGGAGUUCAUCGACAACCCAAAUGUCACGGCCGUCGUCCAUGCCCACUUCCCAGGAGCGGAAGCAGGUAAUGCAAUCACCGACAUCCUUUACGGUGAUGUGAACCCCUCGGGCAGGCUGCCAUACACGAUUGCAAAGAAGAGGUCCGACUAUUCUGCCGACGUCCAGUAUUUCACUGAGCCUGACACCGCUACAUCUCAGAUCGAUUACAUCGAGAAGCUCAACAUCGACUACCGUCAUUUUGACUCUGCUGGCAUUGAGCCACGUUACGCAUUCGGCCAUGGCUUGUCCUACACCAAGUUCCACUAUGCUGGCGCCUCUGGCAAAUGGCUCGCGGGUGGCGGCAGCGACUGGAACGAUCGCAAGUGGUCUUUGCCCUUGCCCGACUGGCUCUUCGAAGACGUAUACGAGCUGACCUUCAACGUCAAGAACGUGGGUCAAGUCGAUGGCUUUGAGGUGCCUCAAGUCUACCUCGGCUUCUCGUCCUCGGCGGGCGAGCCUCCAAAGGUUCUUCGCAAGUUUGACCGCUUUGCGGUCAAGACAGGCGCGACACAGAAGAUCAAGUUCCGCUUCAACCGGUACGAUUUGUCCGUGUGGAACAGCGAGAAGCAGCGUUGGUGGAAGCCCGAGGGCGACGUCAAGGUCUACAUUGGUGCAAGCUCUCGAGACAUUCGCCUGACUUUGGAUAAGAUGUAGAGAGACGCUUUCGUCUUCCGACUCUUCUCUUUUUAAUUGUUCUUGGCUCCUCCCUUCCUUGAUAGGCUCACAGGUGGGAGAAGUAAUUAAGGUCGUGGUGUUAGUAAAUGAAACUUGUUCAUUG